UGCCCCAGCGACGACGCGACGCAAUUUUUUCAUUUUCAAACUCUAGCGGCAAAGCAAUCCUGUUUUGGGGAAAAUUCCGGCAGAAAACGUAUAAAAUAAAUAACAAUGAAUAAGGAGAUGCAGGGAUUGUUCAGUGAUCCGGCGCUGGAGCGCCACUUCACGGGCCACUCGGGCGGCAUAACGCAGCUGCGCUUCAGUCCCGAUGGCGCCCAAAUAGCCACCUCGUCGACGGACUCCUCCGUCAUCCUGUGGAAUCUCAGCCAGGCGGCCCGCUGCAUUCGCUUCGCCUCGCACUCGGCGGCCGUGAAUGGGGUGGCCUGGUCGCCCAAGGGCAACCUGGUGGCCUCCGCCGGUCACGAUCGCACCGUAAAGAUCUGGGAGCCCAAGCUGCGCGGCGUCUCAGGCGAGUUUGUGGCCCACAGCAAGGCGGUGCGCAGCGUGGACUUCGACUCCACCGGCCACCUGAUGCUCACCGCCUCGGACGACAAGUCGGCCAAAAUGUGGCGCGUGGCCAGGAGGCAGUUUGUGGCCUCUUUCGCACAGCAAAACAACUGGGUGCGCAGCGCCAAGUUCAGUCCGAAUGGCAAGCUGGUGGCCACCGCCAGCGAUGAUAAGUCGGUGCGGAUCUACGACGUGGACAGCGGCGAGUGCGUGCGCACCUUCGCCGAGGAGCGAGCGGCGCCCAGGCAACUGGCCUGGCAUCCCUGGGGCAACAUGUUGGCCGUCGCCCUCGGCUGCAAUCGCAUCAAGAUCUUCGAUGUGGCCGGGAGUCAGUUGCUCCAGUUGUAUGUAGUUCACUCGGCGCCCGUCAACGAUGUGGCCUUCCAUCCCAGCGGACACUUUCUGCUCUCCGGCAGCGAUGAUCGCACCAUACGCAUUUUGGAUCUACUGGAGGGCAGACCCAUCUAUACGCUGACGGGCCACACGGAUGCGGUGAACGCGGUGGCCUUCAGUCGGGAUGGGGAAAAGUUUGCCACUGGUGGUAGCGAUCGGCAGCUCCUUGUAUGGCAGUCGAAUUUGCACACCUACGACGCCUCACAGUUCGAGGCCAAAUCCGCCUUGGCCUCCUCCGGUUGCGACACCAGUGGCGUCUCCUCGAAACAGAGCCUGGGCAGCGGCACCUCCAAGUCCAACGACCUAAGCAUCCGCAUAGAUCCGCGCCAAUCGCUGGCCUACCAGCUGUCGGAGGAGAACUUCCAGGUGCUCGACAGUAAACACUCGAAUCAGCAGGAAAAGCUACUUAGCCAUGGCAUGGAGUUCAAGGCGCAAAGCCCCAGCCAGCGCUUCUUCUAGCCAAAAAACGUUCAAUAGACUUUGCCGCACAUUACCAACCAGCCGAACCUUCCGCAGGUGCUGGACGUGUCCCUUGAAUCCGCCUCGGAGACGUGCUCCUGUUCCGCGCAGCUGGAGGAGAUCAGCAAGCUGUUGGCCUUGAUCGACGAGCGAGUGCGGCGAUUAGAGGGCAUAUACUCUUUGUAGCUUUCUGAGCGCCUUAAUGUAGAGUUUAACAUAACAUAAAUUAGUAAUCAUAAAAUUUAUAUAAUGCCAUUUUAAAUAUAUUUAAUGUUGAGAUAUUUGCCUGAA